CAUACAUCAACAGUUGUUGUUGUUUCAGUUGGUAGUUUAUUUGUUGUUAAUCUUGAUGCAAGCGGUUUUGUUGUCUCUUUCUGCUCUCCAGGCAUGGCUGUCGUUGUUGUCGUUACUACAGAAGAUGCAGGUGAAGCUACAGAAGAAAUUGCAGAAGAAAUUGUAGAAGAAAUUGCAGGAGAAUUUACAGGAACUUGUGUUGUUAUGACAACAACCGUAACCAUUGUCUGCACAUUAAGAGUUGAAGAAACUUGUGUUGUAAUUGCCAUAGACGUCGUUAAUGUCAAUGCUACAUUAGUUACGGGAGUUGCAAGAGUUACCGUAGUUGUUGGCACAGUUUGA